AUGCCCAAGGCUGCAGACUCAAGCCGCCAGCCGCAACCUCAUGACCACCCUCUUCCAGACACCGGCCUCGCCCGCGGCCAGCAGGGCUUCGUCAGCGUCUCCAGCCCCGCAGUCGGCAGCUUCUCCUUCGGCUCAGCCAUGCCCGGAUCCCCACUUGACUCGAGCCUCAUCAAAUCUGUUCUCCUAGAGCCUUACAACAUCUCAAUUCUACAAGUCAGCAGUGUUAUCAUGCCUCAGGGGAUUGAUGGCACCAAAACUUCCUCUCCGCCGGCCACCUCCCCUCCCGCCACCACCGUUGCAACCCCUCCUGCUCUAGCCACGGCCCGCUGCAACCCCUCCUCUUCUAGCCACCGUUUCUGGAACCCCUCCACCUCCAGCAACCGCCCCGCUGCAACCCCUCCUCUUCUAGCCACCGUUGCUGGAACCCCUCCACCUCCAGCCACCGCCGCUGCAACCCCUCCUCUUCUAGCCACCGUUGCUGGAACCCCUCCACCUCCAGCCACCGCCGCUGCAACCCCUCCUCUUCUAGCCACCGUUGCUGGAACCCCUCCACCUCCAGCCACCGCCGCUGCAACCCCUCCUCUUCUAGCCACCGUUGCUGGAAUACCUCCACCUCCAGCCACCGCCGCUGCAACCCCUCCGCCAACCACAUUACCUUCUCUACCAAUUCUGCCACCACUAGCAAGCUUGCUUCCGAUCCCAUCAACGGCUCCACCAACACCGAGCGCAGCCACAGUCCCAGCCCUGGCUCCACCAACACCGAGCGCAGCCACAGUCCCAGCCCUGGCUCCACCAACACCGAGCGCAGCCACUGUCCCAGCCCUGGCUCCAUCAACACCGAGAGCAGCCCCAGUCCCAGCCCUGGCUCCACUAACACCGAGUGCAGCCACUGUCCCAGCCCUGGCUCCACCAACACCGAGCAUUGCUGCUCCCCUUCCAUCUACCGCCGCACCAAAGGCGAGCACUGCUCCUGUCGCAGCUGCAACCACACCAACGCUGAGCAAGGCCCCUUUACCUUCAAAAUUCCCGCCACCAGUUUCUUCCAGGCCAUCCGCAUCCCCAGCCUCAACACCAACGGCUAACGCCCCUGGUUCAGCUAUGGCUCCAGGUGUAGAGGGACCGUCAUCAGAGGUUGGAGGAGCAACUCCAGCCGGAGGUAAACCAGCAGCAAAGAGCGCGGCCACACCUCUUGGUUACGGCCUUGGUCUCUUGUUUACAAUGGUGUUGUCCAGCAUUUACCUAGCAUCAACAGUUUGA